AUGACGACCAUGGAUUUGCGUGUCGGUAACAAAUACCGCAUCGGCCGUAAGAUCGGCAGCGGUAGUUUCGGUGACAUCUAUCUCGGCACCAACAUCAUCUCCGGCGAGGAGAUCGCUAUCAAGCUCGAGAGUGUCAAGGCUAAGCACCCCCAACUGGAAUACGAAGCCCGUGUCUACAAGUCUCUGGCUGGUGGUGUUGGCAUCCCCUUCGUUCGUUGGUUCGGUACUGAAUGCGACUACAAUGCCAUGGUCAUCGAUCUGUUGGGUCCCAGUCUGGAGGAUCUGUUCAACUUCUGCAACCGCAAAUUCUCCCUGAAGACCGUUCUCCUCUUGGCCGACCAGCUCAUCUCCCGCAUCGAAUACAUCCACGCCAAAUCCUUCAUUCACCGUGAUAUCAAGCCUGAUAACUUCCUGAUGGGCAUCGGCAAGCGCGGCAACCAGGUCAACGUCAUUGAUUUCGGUCUGGCCAAGAAGUACCGGGACCCCAAGACGCACUUCCACAUCCCUUACCGCGAGAACAAGAAUCUUACCGGAACCGCUCGGUACGCCAGCAUCAACACUCACUUGGGUGUCGAGCAGUCUCGUCGUGACGACAUGGAAUCUCUGGGUUACGUGAUGCUCUACUUCUGCCGUGGCACUCUCCCUUGGCAGGGUCUGAAGGCCGCGACCAAGAAGCAGAAGUACGACCGCAUCAUGGAGAAGAAGAUGACGACUCCCACCGAGGUUCUCUGCCGUGGCUUCCCCAACGAAUUCUCCAUUUACCUGAACUACACCCGUUCUCUGCGGUUCGAUGACAAGCCCGACUACUCCUACCUCCGCAAGAUCUUCCGGGACCUCUUUGUCCGUGAGUCGUUCCAGUACGACUACGUGUUCGACUGGACAGUCUACAAGUACCAGAAGAACGCGGCCAUGAUCGUCGAUGCCAACAGCAAGAAGGACAAGGAGGCUGAGGAGCAGCAGCGCCGUCAGGGCGUCGGUGCCGCUCCCAUGGGCACUCCUGGUGCUGCCGCCAAGCCCGGUGCCAUCUCCAGCCAGCGUCGCAAGGUCAUCGACCGUGGAGCCAUGGACAACACCCCGGACACUAACCGUGCUGUGGGAGGAAGCGAUAGGAUGCUGCGUUCGGCUUCCAAGGUUGCUGCUUCAGGUGCAUAUGGACCUGCUGGUGGUCGCUCGAAGCGGGACGAUGGGUAUGGUGCUCAGUGGUACUAA